AUGUCUAUAUUGAAAGUAACUAGAAGGGUACCGCCAGGUCCCAGGAAUCAGAGCAUAUCGGAACUAGGAGAGGUUGAUGUGUCCGAAAGCUCGAUAAACGGAAUAGGAGCAAUGAAGUUCACAGACGAAGAGGAUUGUGGUUUCUUUGGGCCAUCUUCCAAUAUCGCCUUCAUGCGUUAUAUAUCGCAAGUGAUAGCAAAAGCAAGCCCGCACAGGGAGCCAACCCUGAGUCCAUCUCCCCUGCAGAGAGAAUACAGCAGAAUGAUCAGCGUAGCCAAAUCACGACCUCCAUCGAGAGGCGCAGAAUCGGGUGCUGAAAAUUCGAUUCCGAGCCCGGCAGUCAACAUCUACGCCUUACCCAGCGAGGAGCGUACAUGGAAUCUAAUCCAGCAGUACUUUUAUAAGACCGGACAACUUCUGCCGUUUAUCCAUGAGCCAUCAUUCUGUGAGACCUACUUUCAGAUGAAGAGGGAGAAGUUUAGUAAGGUUUGCAGAAUCUGGCUCGGUCUGCUCAAUAUCGUCCUCGCCAUCGCAGCAAGCCUAUUGACCAAGGGUGAAAUUCCUACAGAAAAGCGAAUACAGGAAUCUAACGUGUAUUAUCAAAGGGCAAAUGGUCUAUGCGAUCGAGACUCUAGAAGAAAUGCUAGUCUUGAGAUUGUCCAAUAUCUCCUGAUCUUGGGCCAGUACCUUCAAGGUACUCAAAACUCAGUGCAGGCCUGGGCCGCUCAUGGGUUGGCAAUUUCUGCGGCAUAUCAAUUAGGCCUGCACUCUCCGGAUGCAAACCGGGGAUUUCGCUCAUUGAAAUGUGAAAUCCGAAAGCGCACCUGGUUUGGAUGUAUGCUCAGUUUGACCCCGGAAACCGAAUCCCAUCCUACGUUGGAUGGCUCUUUUUUCACAGCUGCAAUAAAGCUAUAUGCCAUACUCUACAACGUACUAGAAUCAUGCUACGGGGCCAAUUUAGGGAUCGAAGUCUCAACGAGUUCUAUAGAUGCCAUAUCGGGGAUCCUCGAAGGCCAACGUCGACUCGAUGAAUGGCGUCUUCAACAGCUUCCUUCUCCGGGACUCCGAGUCUGGGAUAACCCCGUGAGCCGCGAGGAUAUUGAGAAGAUGGAUGCAGGCUCCGUAAUCCAUCAUAGGUUUAACGUUAUCCUCUACGUGCGGUAUAAUAACCUUCGGAUUUUGGUCCAUCGCCGCUGCUUGGAGAGCCUCCUCGAUUCAUUCCAGACUCAAGAAACUAUGGUGACAUCUGAAACACGGCUGCUCCAGCAUAUGAGACUUGACAGUGUUGCUAGUUGUGUUGAAUCGGCCGUGUCGAUUAUUUCUACUGUAUUCAAUAUGUCUUCCGGUAGUGGCUGGCGACGUGAAUUUCUGGAUGCAUGGAACUAUUCGCUUUAUUACACAUUCAACGCAGCACUAGUCAUUUUCGGCUCCCUAAUCGUGGCAUCAAAGGAGCGUGACCGCAACCCAUCAGCCUGGACUAUGAUCUGCCAUUCGCGGCCUUAUAUAGACACGGCGACUGAAACACUGCGCCAAAUUGAUUCUGGUAAUCCUGUCGUUGAGCGGCGUCAGGCAUAUCUAUCCCAGCUGUCUGUGAUAUUGGACCCUCUGAGUUAGUUUUUACUCUGAAUUUCCCUUGUAUUGUGGUGGCCGCUAACAGUCUUCACUUGCACAGUUUCAGAAAAGCCGUAUUCUGAUAAUAGAUUGGCGCCUCACUUCGCCACCGAAUACUCAUCGGGUCUCUUUCUCGGUGGCUCCGACUUGGUACCGCUUGUGGAUCUUGGGGAAUUUAUGAUCGGGCAGGACUGGGACCUUCUUGGUAGGAUUUCCGGCCAGCCACAUGAUGAGAAGUAAUUGUUCAAAUCCCUGAUAGUAGUGUCAAAGGGGAAUGUAAUAGACUUAAGGUUGCUCAUGUUCAGAGUAGUAGUUGGGAGAUGGUCGAUAUUGAAAACGGCAUUUCCAUUGU